UCUGUUCCGCACCAUUAGAAGAAAGAGGAGAUGAUCAAAGUUGCUACAAGUAAUAAAAAUAUUGAAGAGCAGUGAUUAAAUCUAAAAGCAAAACAUGUCAAGCGUCAUCUCGGAGCUUCCGGCGAUGGAUGUCACUCAGUUCAAACACACUCCUUUCUACUGUAGCGAAGAGAACGUGUAUCUACUUUGCAAGACGUUGUGUGAGAAUGGUGUAGCGGAUGCGAAUGGUUCUGAUCUGUUUGUUGUUUUCAUCUCCAAUGAGAAGAAACAGGUUCCACUUUGGCAUCAGAAAGCUAGUACCAGAGCUGAUGGGAUUGUACUAUGGGAUUAUCACGUCAUCUGUGUCCAGAGGAAGAAAGAAAGUGAUUCUGAGCCUUUGGUGUGGGAUCUUGAUUCGACUUUGCCUUUCCCUUCACCAUUAGCUUCAUACGUGUCUCAAACUACCCAGCCUUCUUUUCAGCUUUUUGCUGAAUAUCAGAGGUUCUUUCGCAUCGUGCAUGCUCCUCUCUUCUUUAAGCACUUUGCUUCUGAUAGAAGACACAUGAAAGAGCCUGAUGGAAGCUGGACUGCUCAACCUCCACCUUAUCAGGCCAUUGUUGCCCAAGGUAAAAGCUGUAACAACUUCUCCACCCUUCCAUUAACAAUACUCAUUUCAUCAGCUUGUUUCUUUCUGAAAGACGGAGUCUUGCACAAUUUGAGUGAGUACAUUACCAUGAGCGGUACGGAUACCUUGUCAAGCUUGGAUCCCGAGACAGUGAGAGAAGCAAUCUCACAGAAACUGGGUGUCUUAGUGAGUCACGCUCAGCUUCAGGAUCUCUUCACCAAGCUUCCUUAA